AUGUCGCUCGCAGCUCGCUUAACCGCCUCCCUUGCCCUCCUCGCCCUCCUGCUUACCGUUGCCAGCGCGCCUUCCGCAAACUCGCGCACGGUUGUGCACGAAUCGCGAAGCCACGUCCCACGAGGAUGGAACGCCGUCCGACGUGCAGACCCCGGUCUCGUCCUCCCCUUCCGGAUUGGGCUUGCUCAGCCGAACAUCGAGAACAUCGAGGCAUUCCUUCUCGACGUCUCCCACCCGUCGUCACCCAACUACGGCAAGCACUGGACCCCAGGCCGUGUCGCGGAAACGUUCCGCCCCUCACGCGAGUCCGUCGACACCGUCAACGCGUGGCUCGUUGAUGCUGGCGGGCUUGACCCCGCCCGCGUGAGCCUCAGUGCCGGCGGCGCAUGGCUUCAGGCGAAUUUGACUGUCGAAGAGGCCGAACGCUUGCUCGAGACCGAGUACCAUGUGUACCAGUUCGAGGACGACGAAGCGCGCACGCACGUCGCAUGUCAUGAGAAGUACCACAUUCCGGAGGAUAUCGCGAGGCACGUCGAGAUUGUGACGCCGACGUUGCACUUCGACGUCAAACCGAAGAGUAAGCCGAUCCAGCUGAACAAGCGGGACGCACCGUCGGGCGAGGGCGUGAAUGCGCAUGCGGUAGGCCAGCCUGGGUUUGGUGUAUCCUUCCCCAAGACUUCUGGCACUAUUCAGGCACACCCGGACCUUGCUUAUUGCGACGAGCAGAUCGUCCCCGAUUGUUUGCGGGUCCUGUACAGCUUCGACUACACUCCUGUCGCCCCUGAGCGCAACUCGAUUGCAAUUGUUGAAUACACCCCUCAAGCUUAUGUCGCGACCGAUCUUGACAUGUUCUUUGCCAACUAUUCGCCGACCCAAGUCGGCGAGCGGCCUGUUCUCAACAGCAUCGACGGUGGUUUUGUGCAGACCAAUCAAACUGGCUUUGACUACAACGGCGAAUCUAAUCUGGACUUGCAGUAUGCAAUGUCACUUGUGGGUCGUACCCAGCCUGUCCAGCUCUACCAAGCAGGAGACGAUGUCGAAGGCGCAUCAUUCGGAAACCUGCUCGAUGCCCUCGACGCAUCGUACUGCUACUUCGAAGGUGGCGACAACCCCGAAUACGAUUCGAUCUAUCCGGACCCAUAUGGCGGUUAUGAAGGCCAGUACGCUUUUCCGCGCACAGGUCCUGAGGCAUGCGGGACUGUCACUCCAGCAUAUGUCAUGUCGACCUCGUAUUCGUACAACGAGGCCGAUUUGACUCCCGCCUACGAAGAGAGGCAGUGCGCUGAGUAUGCCAAGCUUGGCCUUAUGGGUAUGACCGUUCUGUACUCCUCGGGCGACUACGGCGUUGCAGGAAAUGACGGUGUAUGUUUGUACCCCAACGGAACACAAGCCUCAGGCGCACCAGACUUCAACCCGACUUUCCCUGGAACAUGCCCGUACAUCACCAGUGUCGGGGCGACCCAGGUGAAUCCGAACUCGACGGUCUACGAGCCCGAGAGCGCUUGCGAGCAAGUCAUCUACUCUGGCGGUGGCUUCUCGAAUGUCUUCGCGAUGCCGUCGUACCAGAAGACCGCUGUAGAAUCAUACCUCACGAACUACCCGCCUCCGUAUGCACCGGCCCUCUACAAUAGUUCUGGAACGAGCCGUGGGUUCCCUGACAUCGCUGCGAAUGGAGCGAACUACGUCGUCGCCAUCAACGGUGAAUUCUACCUGGUUUACGGAACCUCUUGCUCCUCCCCGGUCUCCGCCACCAUCCUCUCUGCGAUCAAUGACGCUCGGCUCGCCGUUGGUAAGAGUUCAAUCGGGUUCAUCAACCCCACCAUCUACACUCCAACCUUUAUGGCUGCAUUCAACGACAUCACCACUGGAUCCAACCCGGGAUGUAACACGGAAGGAUUCUACGCUGAGCCCGGUUGGGAUCCUGUCACGGGCGUCGGGACACCCAACUUCAGCAAGCUGGUAGAGCUUUGGCUCGAGCUGCCUUGA